UCAUCAAACCUACUCUGUCCGCGUUACUUCUUCGGUGUCUCAUGAAGAGGUGAGUUCACUGUGCUCAAAGUUAUCUAGAGAAAUGUGAAUUUGAAUCUGAAAGUCCAGAUAGAAGGCCAAAACCUCCAUAAGAUUGUCCGUGAAGAAGACAUUGAUAGAUUUGAAUUUUUUGGCACUCAAAUCUUUUUUUCUCACCCUCUGUGCUCUCUGUCCGAUGUGUUGUGUCAAUUUUUUUGAAAAAGAAUAAAAAAUAAAAUCACCUGAAUUCUGUGACUUGGCCAGCAGUGAACUGUUAAAUUAACCAUCGAAAUAAUUGAGUAAUAUUUCUUCCCAAGAGAGACUCCUCAUAAUUUAUAUUGUGACUGUGCCAAAAAAAAGGAAGAAAAGUUAUAUACCGCGAUAAAUUAUUGAGCAAAUAGCAAACAACACGUGUUAAUACCCAUCAAAUUAACCAAACAGUCACAAGAAGUUCUCGCCAAGCAGCCUGCGGCACAUUUUUUCUUCAUCAGCAAGAAAGCACAAAAAGAACGAUCCAGCAAAUGGGCACUCUUCUGACGAGUGCUCUGGUCCUAGUGAUCUGUUGCUGUUCACCGCUCUUCCUAAUUGUGCCAACGAACGCCGAGAAUGCCCAUCACAGACGGAAUCCACUCGGCUUUCAAGGUGUCCGAGGUAAGAGAAGUGCCACGGAAAUCCCUCCCACAUCCACCUCCUACAUCUUUGCUUCACCAUCGUCUCCCCCUGAGCCUGAAGAGAACGAUGAGCGGCCCAUUACGCCUCCAGUUGCAACAAAUGAGGAGAUGGACUACAUCAGGGGAUUACCUAUCUUGUCGCUGGUGAAACGAGCACCUGUCGGCUUUAUGGGCAUGAGAGGCAAAAAAGACUCCGAAGUGGUCACGAUGGAUGAGCCAUCCAUGGACAUGGAGGGAUCUCGAGACAAGAAACUCUUCCUUAAUUUACCCUUCCGCUACAUCCCAAAACGCGCCCCUUCCGGCUUCAUGGGGAUGCGUGGUAAGAAAUUUUCCUUUGAUUCUUACAAACGUGCUCCUUCCGGCUUUCUUGGAAUGCGAGGGAAGAAAGAGAGUGAGCACAUUUGGCCACCACUGGAGGAUCUUCAAGUUGAGGAGGAAUUGAUGCACCACAAUCAAGACGAUGACGAACAGCUAGAUCAAAUUUAUAGAAAGUUGGACCAAGAGAGAGAACUCCUUGCUCGUCUGAGUGAAAUGUAUGGCCUACACCUCUGGGAUGGCGAGAAGAGGGCUCCUUCAAAUAGCUUCUUUGGCAUGAGGGGCAAAAAAUUCUACGAUGACGACGAAUCAGUGGACAAACGUGCUCCAAUGGGCUUCCAAGGGAUGCGAGGAAAGAAAUGGUCCGAGGACGAAUCCAUUGGAUACGAUGAGGAAAUUGAAAAGAGAGCACCUCAAAUGGGAUUUCACGGUAUGCGCGGGAAGAAAGAUGUCACAGAUGUACUCAUGGGUGAAAGUUCUGAGAAACGAGCUCCUGCCGUUGGAUUUUUUGGCAUGAGAGGAAAGAAACAGCCCGGGUAUCGCAUCUCAGCCGAUAGGAGAAAUUUAUUCGGUUUUGUGAAAUCCAAGAAAGGUCCCUAUGAAUUCCGCGGUAAGUUUGUUGGUGUGAGAGGUAAAAAAAUUCCCGCUGGAAGUGCAUUGAAUAAAUUAAUCACGGAAUUGGAUGAACUUCAAGCAGACGGAAGCUUUUUGCAGCCAGCACAGCUCGUACAAUCCGAAGAUGCACCAAUCAAGAGAGUACCCAGCGGAUUUAUGGGAAUGCGUGGGAAGAAAUGGUCAGAUUCACCCUCAAAUGAGCAGUAAAUUGAAGAUUUUGGGCGUGUGCGAUGUGAUGGUAUGAGAUGAACCCAGCAGCAAUUCUUCAAAAUUUCCUAAGACACUUACCUCCUCCUUCUUCUCUCUUCACUGGGCAAUCUUAAAGAGAACUCCCCCUGUACGAUUCGACACGAGAACCCACUGAAAUUCCCCACAAUUUACCAAUUAAUUAUUCUCUUACUGAUUAAACUAAAACACAAGGAUGGCGAAUUGAAUUGAGAAAGAUUUCUUACAAAGAGAAAUCUGGAAUAAAUUAUGCAUAAAUUUUGCAGAUUGAUGAGCUGUGUGAGGAACAAAGAAGUCGUUUAAAAGUCAAUGUAAAAAUAAAUUACAUAAAUAAAAGAAGUAUUAAAAAAUAUAUUUGCAUUAUAUUUUUAGUGAGGAAAAGAAAACUGUAUUAAAUUAAAAAAAUAAAACUGAUAGAGCUGAAAAAAAAUAUCCUAAUUGUUGGACUUGAAAGAGAAAGAUGGUAAAGAAAAUUACAUAAUUAAUGUAAAAUGUUACUAAUAAACUGACAAAGAAAAACAAGCUAUUAGUAUUUAAAUAAUUCUACCUGCAAAAAAAAGGCAAAAGAAAAUGCAUAUUUAUAAAAAAAAUCUAACUUAUUUCAUUAUUGAUGAACAAAAUAGUCAGAUUGUUUCACCUCUUUUUGUGCUUCUUCUUAUAGAAACAGAGAGACAGAGAGACAUUAAAGGAUACUAUUAAAAGACAUGGUGAAAAAUUAUUAUUAUAGAACAUAUCAAAGUGAAAUAAAAUAAAUAUUAAAA